GUCUUAGCUAGCACCAGUGGAGAUCUCUACAUCUUGGCUACAUAAAUUCCUGAGGUUCUUACGGCCUUUCAUGUCUCGACACCCUCGAGGGCUAUGCGACCGUCGCCCAGAUAUUAAGAAGACGGCAUGUCUAUAAUACCUUAUGGAUCAUCCAACCUUGACGUUGUGCUGCGGCACAACGACUCGGUUGUCGUUUUCGAUCGGGAUUCGCAGCAACUCGUCCUACGGAAUACAACCCACGAUGACGGGGGCCUCGAGCUAGCCGAUUGUCCCUACUGCCAUCGUCCGAUCCGAGAUGAUAAUUCCGGACGAGACUCUCAUCACCCGGGCCCCGGGGCUCAGCCCGAAUUCAUCAAUCCGAAUUACUUCCGCAUGCUCAACAAUAGUUUACCAAGCGCUCCGAGUUCUCAGGCUCCUCCCUCCCCUCGUCGGCGCCUUGUCCAACCAGCGCUUCCCCACGGUUCGGGGGCCGAAUCGAGUCCAUCCCGAAAUAUACCUUCCUCGCAAGGGAUAUCUUCUGCGGCGUUUACCCCGGACUAUUUUAAAAAGUUCUUCGUUGAAGAAAGGGAACUAGGAAGAGGUGGAAAGGGCGUGGUCUUACUCGUGAAACAUAUGCUGGAUGGCGUCUCGCUGGGACAUUACGCUUGCAAACGGGUUCCGGUUGGAGAUGAUCACGAAUGGCUCGAGAAGGUGUUAGGGGAGGUACAAUUGUUGCAGCAUCUUUCACAUCAGAACCUUGUGUCUUACCGUCACGUCUGGCUCGAGAAUGCAAAGAUCAGCACAUUCGGGCCUAGUGUACCGUGUGCCUUUAUUCUCCAGCAGUAUUGCAAUGCUGGAGAUCUUCAUAAUUAUAUAUGUGGUUCGGUUCAGACUUCAGCCACGCCCCAGCAAUUGAAGGAUCGUCUCAGGAGAAGGUCCAAGGGAGAGCCAGAGCCCAAAUUAAAUCUGGGAGGGCCUCGCAUACUUCAUUUUGAUGAGAUCUAUUCCUUUUUUAAGGACAUCACUUCAGGACUUCGCUAUUUGCAUGUGAAUGGCUAUAUCCAUCGCGACCUGAAGCCUAACAACUGCUUGCUUCACCAGACUAGUGACGGUAUACGAGUCUUGGUCAGUGACUUUGGCGAGGUUCAAGCUGAGGAUGCAACCCGAAGAUCUACCGGUGCAACGGGAACGGUCUCGUACUGUGCGCCAGAGGUUCUAAGACAGGACUACCCUGAUGGUCCAUUUGGGAACUUCACAUUCAAGUCCGAUAUAUUCUCAUUGGGCAUGAUUCUUUACUUUUUAUGUUUUGCAGAGCUGCCCUACCGCAACGCCGAUAUUAUCAAUGAAGAACUGGAGGACCUCGACCAGCUUCGUGCAGAGAUCAGCCAAUGGUCAGGGUUCGAUGACGCGAGAAGAACAAGACCCGAUUUACCGGAGAAGCUCUACGCCUUCUUGGAACGUUUGCUGUCCGUGGAUCCUAACCGUCGCCCAUCGGCCGAAGAGGUACUGAAUGGGAUACAAACCGGGGGCACUUCAAACGAGACGUAUCGAUCCAAGAGAUCUAACUCGGCAGGACCUGACCUGCUCUCGGGCUCUAGAAUCCACCCAGUUGACAGCCCAAGCCCACUAUCUUUUCCUCGACCAUCUCUUUCACCGACCAAGGCACUUUCUCGGAGCCCGGUGGCUGUAAGACGCACUCCCCUGUACGAGCCGGGUAGCCCUAGAAACAGUCAAGGUUUCUUUGAAGCAAAUGAAGUACCAGAUAGAAACCUUACUGUCAGUCCGGACCGGGACAUGAUAAUUCGUCCUAGGUACUCUAGCACUCCGUCUUUACCCCCAGAUCAGAACGGAGCUCACGAAGAGCAGCACACCCCGGAGCCUGUUCAAACACUGCAGCCACAACUCCUUCCUCCGCCCCCGGGUCGAUUUUACGUCUCCCGUCUCCUUCCAAUCCAUUGGGUAUCCAUGUCUAUUCGACAAUUCCCAUUGCCGGUGCUACAGCUAGCCUUGUUUCUCUUCAAGGUUAUCUCCGCCUUUCAACCAUGCAAUCCUAUCGCCGUGAACCCGUGGGUUUUCUACCCGCUACUCCUUCUCGCAGCCAUCAAUCUCCGCACACGAAGCAUCGCCGUACAGGUUCUUUCUAUCAUCUUGCAUCUUGUAACCGUUGGUCUUAGCAUGCGAUUGGGUAUGUUGUGCGUUUGGCAUCCCUCGCGACAAGCAUUUCUUGCCUGAGGCACCACCACGUGCCAAUAAUACUUUGAUAUUCUGCUGUCUAUUGGAAGGGCGAAACGGGGUUGCCUGCCGUGUAUCAUUUCAUCCCGCCAAAUUGGCUGGCCGGUGUUUUGUGUAUACUCGAAGCUGAUGUUUUUUUUCUCAUGAUUAAUGAUUGUAUGUACAUGACUAUGGGAGCGAAAAUGAUAAUUAGACAUGAUACCUGUUUU